ACAUUUCACACCCCCCAACAAUAAUGGAACACAAAACAACCUCUUCUUCAUGCCUUCUAUUCUCAAUUCUUUCUUUUCUUUUCAUCUUUCUUUCAUGUUUCUCAGGAUCUGUUGCUGCUUACAAAAAUUACACAGUAGGAGAUUCUUUAGGCUGGUUUGACACUCUUGAAAAGCCUAAUGUUAAUUACCAGAAAUGGGUUGCCAAAAUAGAAUUUAGCUUGGGAGAUUUCCUCAAAAAGUAUGCAAAAGCGGCAGAACACGAGGUACGAGAGGCGCGGGAGGAGCUAAGGAAAGCAGAGCAACGUCGGCAAGAGGAUGAGCAACGCACUAAAGAGCUCCAGAUACAGCUAGCAACAUUGGCAAAAAGUGUUGCUUCCAUACAGGUUGAGUCAUCCGUCGUCGUCGUCAUCCAGAUUAUGACGAGGAUGAGUCUAACGAUGAUGACGGCGAUGAGUAGUACUUAUUUCAUUGUUAGUUUCGUAUAG